UCCAUUGGCACAGCUGAUUGAUAAAAACAUAUUUUAAUUUGACGCAAAAGGAAAGUUGAGUACGAAGAAAGAGCUGCCAUGGAAGUCAUCCUGAUGAUCAUGUUCUUCACCUCCUUCUGGGUGGCAGUGGGAAAGUUCGGACCCAUCCUGGUGACCAAGGGACCGCACGAUGACCUGGUGCGCUGCAUCUUCCUGCUGACCGCCGUCGUUUGUUGGCUUUUUUGGCUCUGUUGCUAUUUGGCGCAAUUGAAUCCGCUCCUGGGACCCAAACUUAAUGGCCACACCAUCAGGAUCAUCGCCAAGUCCUGGGGAAAUCCCAUCAAGGAUGGAUAGGGGAGUCCCGCAUGGGAGCAUCCCACAUAGCAAAUCUCCUGCGAGGAGCCACAUCUCCGGAUCCGCAGCCACAUCACUCAGUUCGGAUAUUACACGGAAACAAAAAAGCUGUGCUAACCUACUUUUAUUGAGAAAUCUAAUAUCCAGAUACGCCCUACUAUUUGAAAACUAACAUCAUUAACUUAUAAAUAUUGUAAACUCCCACUUUGAACAAGAUCACCAUAUCACACUUUCUUAACAAUUUUUUUUGUUUAUGACACUCAUAAUUGUUUUUUGCAAAGUAUUAGUCAUGUUCUUAAUUCCCUAAUUAUUUUUGUUCAAUCUUGUAUAUUAGAUUGAUGCAAUUUUGCAUUUUACAGACUUGCCACAUAAGCGAUCUUUGUAUUUUAAGAUCUAUCCAAAAUAGUUGAACAGUUUAUUAUAAACCUAUUGUUUUCCGUUGUGUAGAUAAUUUUACUAAUCAGUCAUUGUAUUUGUAAUUUAGUUGGCAAAUAUAGACAAAUGUAUGCGUUCACUGUA